CUCAAAUCUCAGGCUAAACCUUUCGUAUAUAUCAAAUCACAUUCCUUAAAUAUAUUCAAGGUUUGUUCCACAUUAGUAGGCCCCAUUUACGAAACAUAUAUACACAUGUAAUAAAUUUCGUAAAAAUAAGUAAAGCAUACGCUCCGCGCUUAAAAUCCCAAAUUGUAGAACUAUGAAGCCCGUUAUCGAAUGGCUAAUUAGCGUUUGUGCUGGCCUCCUCUUUAGCACUCAGUCCAUGCGUAUUUUGAAGAUAGCCAACGAUGAGAAGAAUUCAUCAUCGUCGUCCUCCUCACAGACCAAGCCCGUAACGGCGAUUAAAGACGAACUGGAAAAGCCCUACAUUAUGGGAUCCGAGCAGAUAAGCGCCGCAUUGCAGACAGUUCUGAGCAGCGAUGGAAAUAACCUAGAUAAUCAGAUGCUAUCCGACAACAACAACAACAAUAACAACGGACAAUUCGAGUAUACUUUGGGGUCGGAGUCGUUGAAUCGCAUGUUGGAGGACAUGUUGGCACGUCCAUGCAGUGAGAAUAUGGAGCUACCCCAUAUCGAGCCGGCAAUACAGCUUUAACUAUCACAUAUUGUAUAUAUUUAUAUAUAUAUACAUAUAUAUCUAUAUGUAUGUAUAUACAUAGAUAAAUUGUCAAUUGAUAUGUUCAGUUUCUUUUUUGUUUAUCUGUAAGAAUUCUCUGAAUAAAUUAACAAAUAUGGUCUACUAAAUAAAAGGUACAGAUAGACAUAUUUGUAUAUGUGUGUAUGUA